AGAAAAUUCCGAAAGAGAAAUAUAGUUAAAAAAUUGCGUUUUGGUCCUCAUAUUUAUGUGUUUUAAAUUUCAGAUAAAAUUAAUGAUAUGAUUACAGACAUAAUUUAUACCGAGUUUCUACAAACCUGAUACUUACUUUUAGCCAUCAUUGUUUCGUCUGCUACGUGCAAUUUUUUAUUCUAGAACAACUCGAAGUGCACUAUAUUUAUGCUGGAAAAUUUGAAAAUAUAUUGUAAGGAUAGGAAACGAAUCUAAAUUUAUUCUUGGAAUAGACUAAAAGUCGAAAAUCGGCCGGUUACGAUUGAUGUUUUUCCAUCCGUGAAGUUAAAUACCUAGAUUGAGGAUGUGUUGUAUAUGUGUCAAAUGGUUUUCCCUAUACGAAUCUGAUAUUUCUCAAAAGGAAAUAAGCGUCAGAUGUAUCUUCUGAGCAAAUAAAUAGGAAUCUAUUCUAAGCGCAGACUAUGAAGAAAAGGAGCUAUGUCUGCUUAUUUGGGUACAGAACAAAAAUCAGAAAAUGAUAAUUUAAAUCACAAAAAAAUUUGUAUGCAGAAUAAUGAAUUAGAAAUUUCUGCAGAUUUGAAAUGUAAAGCAGUAUUAAGUGAUUUAACUGAAUCAGGCGAAAAGUAUUUCUUAAAAAAUGAAGUAGAUGAAGUUGAGUUAACACAAAAAAGUGUUUCAGAACUAUGUUUAGAUUCUCCAGAACACACUAAAGAUUCCUUCUCUAUCAAAACUGUUACUCAUAAAGAUAGUCAUGAAACUUCUCCAUUCAAACAAGCUGUUAGAGGUUUUGUAUUAAAUAAACUUAGUAAAAAGGUUGGGUCAUCCACUCUAUUAUCAGGUCUGUCUGAAAAAUUAGUGAAGAAAUUAGCAGAAGGAAAAGAAAAUACACUUUCUGACUUAGUUUAUGUAAAUAAAAGUGAGCCAAACAUUUCUGUAUCAGGUUUAAAAGAGUCUUGUGAACUUCAUGAUUCCCUUUCUUGUGAAUUAAAAUCAGUUGUAGCUAAUGAUUUAACAGAGAUAGCCAAUGUAGAAGAAGCUAUAGAAUGUUUUGAAGAGCUAAAAUAUUCAUUAACUGAUUCUGGAAGUGAAAGUAAAAAAUCUGUUCAUAAAAUUGUUACUAGUAUCAGUGUUCCAUCAAGUCCUGCUCGGUUUAAUAAAACAUCACCGCCUAAUGUCGGUGGUUCAUUAAGUAAUAUAGAGCAAUAUUCAGAAUUGCAGCCAGUUGUUACUGCUGAUUCACACGAAAUAUUAAAAGAAAGCUUGAAUUCUAUACAAUGUACACCAGGAUUUAAAAUUGAAGCAGAACCUCUUUCUGCAAUGGAACAGUCCAGUAAUAUUGAAUCUUGCAAUUCAUCUGAUAUUCAGUAUCCAUUAAAUGUGCAUGUUGUAAAUGAGGAAGAGAAAAUCCCAGUAUCUCAUAAAAUUGCUGAUUUCUUUUCAAGUUUACAGAGUGUGUUUAGAUCCUUGCCUUUAUCUCAUUUGCUCCUUCUAACAUCUGUUAUAAUUCAUAAUUCUCCAUUUGUUUGCUCAUAUUUAGCUUUAAUUUUUGACGCUUUAAUAAUUGCCUAUAUUUGUUAUGGUUAUAUUCUUCAUAAACCAUAUCUUGAUGCCUUUCAACAUAUUUCUACUCCUCAUCCUCAGUUAGAAAGUGCUACUAUUCAUGUUGAUGAGGAGGUUAAAGAAGUUAAG